UUACUGAUGCGGUCGGGCGCCAAUUCUCUGGGUUAGUGGGCCCGACCCCCCCGCACUCUCCUGGAGCGCUGAGGGUAAGUGCCUCGCCCGGAGUCACAUUUCAAGUGGAAGGGAGAGCCCUGUUUCGGAUCCUUGGUGUCGAAUUCCACUUGACUGCACACAAACCGCUGCGUUCUCGUCCGGCUCCCCCUUGGUCUCACGGUGGCUGCCACGGAGCUUUCCGCUCUGGGUUUUCUCAAGGCGCAUUGUGUCAGGAAGGACGAUUUGGAAGCUGAGCACCGCCUCUGGAAGUCGGAGAGUGAGGGGCGGUGAGGACAAACGUCACGUGUGUUUCUCUCCUCAUUGGAUGACUGCUGUGUCAGUCAUACUCUGCUCUGCUCCGGUUGGCGGGAAGGCUCUAGGCGGGUAGCGUGGCCGCGGUGCUGCCCCCUCCCGAGCCGCGAUCCAAGCGCGCGCGUGACGUCUCAGGUAUUUGUUGUUGGGGUUUGGGCCUUAUUAGUUAUUCAUUAGGUACUUGAAAGGGCUGCAGCGAUUGGUGGCUGAGAGGUCGGGUCGAUUGUUUCUUAGCCAGAGAUACAUGUCAACCUCAACGCGGUUGGAGAAGCUUCGCAUAAAUUAUUCCGAUAAGGUGUGGGGCGGGGCCACACAUAUAUUAUGCAAAUAAGGCGGGAGGGAGGGGCGGCCGGCUACGAAUUAGCCUAAGUUAUUAAAGAUGGCGGCGGAGCGGAGUCGCUCCCCGAUGGACUCGCCGGUCCCGGCCUCGAUGUUCGCCCCCGAGCCCAGCUCCCCGGGGGCGGCCCGGGCCGCGGCGGCCGCCGCCCGGCUACACGGCGGCUUCGACUCGGACUGCAGCGAGGACGGCGAAGCGCUCAACGGCGAGCCGGAGCUGGACCUCACCAGUAAGCUGGUUCUAGUGAGCCCUACAUCAGAGCAGUAUGACAGCCUCCUUCGGCAGAUGUGGGAGAGGAUGGACGAGGGAUGCGGAGAGACCAUAUAUGUCAUUGGGCAGGGAUCAGAUGGGACUGAGUACGGGCUGAGUGAAGCUGACAUGGAGGCCUCCUAUGCCACAGUGAAGAGCAUGGCUGAACAGAUUGAGGCCGAUGUCAUCCUCCUGCGGGAACGUCAAGAAGCUGGGGGCCGUGUGCGUGAUUACCUGGUCCGGAAACGAGUAGGAGACAAUGACUUCCUGGAGGUCAGGGUAGCAGUAGUGGGCAACGUGGAUGCCGGCAAAAGCACGCUUCUGGGGGUCCUGACACACGGGGAGCUGGACAAUGGCCGAGGCUUUGCCCGCCAGAAACUCUUCCGCCACAAGCAUGAAAUUGAAUCUGGUCGCACCAGCAGUGUGGGCAACGACAUUCUGGGCUUUGACAGCGAAGGCAAUGUGGUGAACAAGCCAGACAGCCACGGUGGCAGCCUGGAGUGGACAAAGAUUUGUGAGAAAUCCACUAAGGUGAUUACUUUCAUCGACUUGGCUGGCCAUGAGAAGUAUCUGAAGACCACUGUCUUUGGCAUGACGGGCCAUUUGCCCGACUUCUGCAUGCUCAUGGUGGGCAGCAAUGCUGGCAUUGUGGGGAUGACUAAGGAGCACCUGGGCUUGGCGUUGGCACUCAAUGUGCCUGUCUUUGUGGUGGUCACCAAGAUUGACAUGUGUCCUGCCAACAUCCUGCAAGAAACCCUGAAGCUGUUACAGCGCCUGCUGAAGUCACCAGGCUGCCGGAAGAUCCCUGUGCUGGUGCAGAGCAAGGACGAUGUGAUUGUCACGGCCUCCAACUUCAGUUCUGAGAGGAUGUGCCCGAUAUUCCAGAUCUCCAACGUUACAGGCGAGAACCUAGAUCUGCUGAAGAUGUUCCUCAACCUCCUCUCUCCCCGCACCAGCUACCGGGAGGAAGAGCCUGCUGAGUUUCAGAUUGAUGACACCUACUCUGUCCCGGGUGUGGGGACAGUGGUGUCGGGCACAACACUGAGGGGCCUGAUCAAGCUGAAUGACACGCUGCUGCUGGGCCCAGACCCCCUGGGUAACUUCCUGUCCAUUGCUGUAAAGUCGAUCCAUCGCAAGCGAAUGCCUGUCAAGGAGGUGCGGGGCGGGCAGACGGCCUCCUUCGCGCUAAAGAAGAUCAAGCGCUCGUCCAUCCGGAAGGGCAUGGUGAUGGUUUCCCCACGCUUGAAUCCCCAAGCAUCCUGGGAGUUUGAGGCCGAGAUCCUCGUCCUCCACCACCCCACCACUAUUAGCCCACGCUACCAGGCCAUGGUGCACUGUGGCAGCAUCAGGCAGACAGCCACCAUUCUGAGCAUGGACAAGGACUGUCUGCGCACUGGGGACAAGGCCACCGUGCACUUCCGCUUCAUCAAGACCCCUGAGUACCUGCACAUAGACCAGCGGCUGGUGUUCCGGGAAGGCCGCACCAAGGCUGUGGGCACCAUCACCAAGCUUCUCCAGACCACCAACAACUCCCCAGUGAACUCCAAGCCCCAGCAGAUUAAGAUGCAAUCGACAAAAAAGGGCCCCCUGACCAAACGAGAAGAUGGGGGCUCGGCUGGAGGGCCAGCAGUAGGGGCACCUCCGCCUGGAGACGAAGCCUGCUCUCUAGGAGCUGCACAGCCAGCUACGUCCAGCAGUCUCCAGCCACAGCCCAAGCCCAGCAGUGGCGGCCGGCGACGGGGGGGCCAGCGUCAUAAGGUGAAGUCCCAGGGGGCCUGCGUGACCCCUGGCAGCGGCUGCUGAAUCUACCCCAGGCCCACCCUGUCCACCCAAAGGAUCCUCGUGCUCUGGCCACUGCUCCACCAGAUGGGCCAGAGCAGCUCUGACCACCACUCACCCUCCCCCAGGCCACAGCCGGAGCCUCAUCAUUCCCUCACCCCCGUUUUCCAGGGGGGUUGUAAUUUAUAAGCUGAGGAAGGUGGCCAGAUUUCUGGAGGACUGACCAUCUCCCACCCUCUUCCCUGCCUUCUUCCUCACCCCUGUUUUUUGUACAUCUGGGCCCUUAGUUUUUAUUCUUUUUAUUAUAUAUCUAUCUCUCUACCGUGUGUGUGCAUGUGUGCGCGUGCGUGUGCGUGUGUGUUGCAGGAGUGCGGCUGGUCAGGGUCCUGGCAGUCUCUUUUCCUCUUCCCUGGCCGCCUGCCCGUUCAUCCGCGUGUCUCUGCAAGAACCUUCAGGGGCUGUCAGGAGCUGAAGGCGCCCUCCUUCCCUGGGUUCUCUCCUCUGUGCCCGGAGCUCCUCCAUGGAGCCAGACCCCGGCCUGAGGGGCUUCUGGGUGUAAGUGUCUGCUGCUGCCAGAGCAGGGAGCCCUCCGGCGAUGUGGGGACUUUAACAGGUGGAGAGUGGUGGCUUCCUCUUUUCUCUGUCUCCCUCUUUUUCUCCUUAAACCCCAGAACAGGUAAUGCCAAAAGCUCUUAAGUUGUAACCUGUAGAUGUGUGGAGGGGAGAGGCGAUUGGAUUGUAGGACCCUCCCCGCCCCUAACUCUGACCCUUGCCACUGACCCAAAGAUGGAUGGUGGCUUUGCUUUCCCCUUGGAGACAAUCCUGUGCUUGCCUGGCUGGCCAGGGUGAUGGCUGCUGUGCCGAUCUGCCGGGCUGGAGGCUCUCUCCUUGCCCAGGAGCCACCUCCUGCUUGGACUUUGACUCUGAAUCUUGUUGGGCCUCGGCGCUUAGCCUGCUCAGGUUGUGCUCACUAGCGCCUCCCAUUGGUUGGGGUACGGGGUGUUCCUCUGAGCCAGGCCAGGCACCCCUCCUUCCCCACCACACCCCUGCCACGUCGCCCCAACAUGGCUGCUACAGGAGCACAACAGUGAAGGGCCUGAGCCCCAGGUUUGGACACCCCGAUUGGGGUGUGGGGAGGCAGGCAGGGCAGAGUGAAAAAGACUCUUCCAGGCCCAGCACAGAGCAGUCAGAUCUCUGGAAUAAUCACUGCCUGGGUGGCGGUGGGUUUCCCAGGCCAGAGAUGGCAGUGGGGCUCUGAGCCAGCCUUGUCCGAGCUGUGGACUGAAGCCCCAGUUUAGGGUGAACUGAUGGGCGGAGACGUGUUCCUUCUCUCGCCGGGCAGUCACCCAGCUAGCUGGGUCCCUCCCCAGCCUUGCCGCCCCCUUCCCUGUUCCUCCUGCUUCCAGGCUGCUGGUUCCUCUCCAACCCUCCUUCCAGUUACUUCUAGUUACCACUAACCUGUGGCCAUGGACUGACCAGACCAGCACACAAAAUAAAAGUUUGUUUGAAGUUGACAGUGUCACGUUCCCUGCCCAGCCCCUCCAGGUGGAGGUGCUGCCACGGGGAACACUCACUCUGCCUGCCCCAGAGCCCCGGGCUGCAGAGCAGGGCAGGGCUGGGAGGAGCCCAGCUUCUCCUGUCAGGCAGACGUGGCUUGAAAACCCAGGCUCCUCCACCAGCGUUGACACAGGACAAGUUGCCAACCUUCUCUGAACUGUUUCCUCAUCUACAGCAAGAGGUGAAUGCUUACGUCAGGGUUGUUGUGAGGAUUCAGUGAGCGAGUGUCUCUGAGGCCCUGACGUGGUGCCCAGCAUGUGGGAGGUGCCAGUGGACGGUCAGCACACUGCUUACCACUCACACUUGCUCCCAGGUCUGUAGUAGAGGCCACAAGCUGGGGGACAGGCUGGAAAGGAGAAAUGUGGCAUUGACACCUCUCUGCUGUGUGGCUGGGGCUGAGCCAGGUGUCUCACUCACUUCAUGUACUUUGACAUUCGCAGCUGCCAUCUGCGAGGGAGGUGGUGUUAGUCCCGUUAGUUAAGGAAACAAGCUCAGAGGAGCAGUGCCGCCAGCAGGCGUGUUCGUUCUCGCACCAGCCAUUCCCGGUCAGCCACUCCAGCAUGUCCUUUGGCCCCUGCCUGUUUCCCGGUUGCUUUUUGACUCUGGUUCUGCUUCCAGGGGCUCCAGUGUUGAGCAGCUCCCUGCUGUCUGUCCCCUUGGCGGUGCUUUGGAAUUUGUCUUUCCACAGGACUUGGCCAUGGUGGAACCUCAGAGCAUUUUGUUUGAAUUCUUUUGCCCCUGUGAGCGUAACCACUUUCCCUACAUUUGGAAGCUGCGGCCUCCACUCUGGCCUCUGCCUCAGACACUCAGGAGGUCGGUCUGGAUCUCUGUGGUCACCACACCUACUAGCAGGGGCUGACUGAGUAUAGCAUUUUACUGUUGUUAACAGGGACUACGAAGGUCCCCUGUGGGUCUCAGCUCCACCAACUAUCCAUUUGGAACAAACACCAGCCCUUUUAUAGUUGAUGAAGAAUAAAGUUGUUAAUCCGA